GUUGCAUGCUGUCUAGGCUCAGUGGAAAGAGAUAUCAUGGGGUUGGGUGGCCAUUGUGGAUCAGUGAGAAAGCUCUUCCAAAAGAUAAUUCAAGAUUUUUUCUCUUUAUUUUCUUUGUAAUUUAUACUAUUAUUACUACUACUAUCAUUUUUUAUUUUCUUUUUCUUUUAUUCUACAAGGAGAAGGUUUAUUUUUCUUGAAUGGAGUGGAUUGUGGAUUAUGGAUGUGGAUUCUAAAUUUUUUUACAUUCACCGAAUGAAAGUGAAAUUGGAAUUCAGGACUCAGCCAAACUGGUAAUUUUCUUGAACUGUUAGUUAAUUCCAUUUGAGUUCCUUGUUUUUAUCUUUCGUUUGCUCAUUUGGUCUUUUAGGCCAUCUGGUUCUGACUUCCAAGUUCAGUCCAUUUAUGACAUCAAUCUCUGGAGGGUUGUUUGGUUGCUGUUUCUUGUUGUAGCUGUUUAUGUGAUCUGAAUCUAUUCCAUUCCUUUUGUUCUCUCUCUUUCUCUCUCUCCUUCUCUCUCUCUCUCUCACACACACAUACACUUGGAUUGCUAGUUAACUACAUGUUUCAUCUGCCCCUUGUUUUGAUCCCUUUCUCCAAGCUCGUCUUCAGACAAGUUCUGCACUCUCCUUUGAUGCCCUUCAUUGUUACUCAUCACAGAUUCACCACCUCCACCUCUUGCCAUUUCAUGCUUUGCAAUUUCUCUUUCACCCAAUUCAGGACCAGUAUUAGUUGACCCAGAACUCAAAACGAAAUCUUUUUGAGUUGGUGGCUCACCCCCACACUCUUCUGUUCUUCAUCCAUUUGGUUUAUCUGGGUUUGCAAACCCUUUUCGGUUAAACGUUAUUUGGGCCUUGUUUGUGGCAUGAAUAUUGGUGGCUAUUGAGGAUUACCUUGGAUGGAACUUGUUGAUUAUGUGGGUAUUUAGUGUAUUUGGAGACCCUGUGAGUUAGCUUGUGAGCGAUUACAAGGCUAUACAAUACAAGGAUGGUGUCAAAAUCCUAUUCAAACCUAUUGGAGUUGGCCUCGGGAGAGGCUCCUUCAUUUGGGUACAUGAACAGGAGAAUUCCAAGAAUUAUGACCGUGGCUGGGUUGAUAUCAGAUGUUGAUGACGACCCAGUGGAUAGUGUUUGCUCUGAUCCGUCGUCGUCGGCGACGCACCGUGACCGGAUAAUCAUGGUGGCUAAUCAGCUUCCCAUAAGGGCUCAGAGGAGGCCAGAUGGGAAUAGGAGUUGUUGGUGUUUUGAGUGGGAUGAGAAUGCCCUUCUUCAGCUCAAAGAUGGGUUAGGGGAUGAUGAUUUAGAGGUUAUUUACGUUGGAUGUCUUAAGGAGGAGGUGCAUCCAAGUGAACAAGACGAGGUUUCGCAGACACUUCUUGAGACCUUCAAGUGUGUUCCAACUUUUCUUCCGGCUGACCAGUUCUCCAAGUUCUAUCAUGGCUUCUGCAAGCAGCAAUUGUGGCCACUGUUUCAUUACAUGUUGCCCUUGUCACCAGAACUUGGUGGCAGGUUUAACAGGUCACUGUGGCAGGCUUAUGUGUCGGUUAAUAAAAUUUUUGCAGAUAGAAUCAUGGAAGUUAUCAACCCUGAAGAUGACUAUGUGUGGAUACAUGAUUAUCAUCUGAUGGUGUUGCCAACUUUCUUGAGGAAGAGGUUCAACAGGGUGAAAUUGGGGUUCUUCCUUCACAGCCCUUUCCCUUCAUCAGAGAUAUACAAGACAUUGCCUGUUAGGGAGGAGAUCUUGAGAGCCCUCCUUAAUUCGGAUUUGAUAGGCUUCCACACUUUUGAUUAUGCUCGCCAUUUCCUCUCCUGUUGCAGCCGGAUGCUAGGCCUUACCUACGAAUCAAAGAGAGGUUAUAUUGGGAUUGAGUACUAUGGUAGGACUAUUAGUAUCAAAAUUCUUCCUGUUGGUAUUCACAUGGGUCAGCUUCAAUCUGUUUUGAAGAUGCCUCAGACUGAGGACAAAGUUUGUGAGCUGAUCAAACAGUUUUCUGAUCAGGGAAGGACAUUGUUGCUUGGGGUGGAUGACAUGGAUAUUUUCAAGGGAAUAAGUUUGAAGCUAUUGGCCAUGGAGCAGCUUCUCAUUCAGCACCCUGAGUAUCAGGGAAAGGUAGUGCUGGUGCAGAUAGCCAAUCCUGCUAGGGGACGGGGGAAGGAUGUGAAAGAAGUGCAGGCAGAGACAAAGGCCACAGUUAAACGGAUUAACGAAACAUUUGGGAAACCAGGGUAUGAUCCUGUGAUUCUGAUAGAGGAGCCUCUCAAGUUUUAUGAGAGAGUUGCUUACUAUGUUGUUGCAGAGUGUUGUUUAGUAACUGCAGUAAGGGAUGGAAUGAAUCUCAUACCGUAUGAAUAUAUCAUCAGUCGUCAGGGAAAUGAAAUGUUGGAUAGAGUUUUGGGUCUAGCUUCCUCUCCUAGGAAGAAAAGCAUGCUGGUUGUGUCUGAAUUCAUUGGUUGUUCCCCAUCUUUGAGUGGAGCAAUCAGAGUGAACCCGUGGAACAUUGAUGCAGUAGCCGAUGCAAUGGACACUGCUCUUGAAAUGGCUGAUUCAGAGAAGGAGCUUAGGCAUGAGAAGCAUUAUAGAUAUGUUAGUACUCAUGAUGUUGGGUACUGGGCUAGAAGCUUCUUGCAAGAUUUGGAAAGGACUUGUCGUGAUCAUGUGAGACGAAGGUGGUGGGGGAUUGGGUUUGGAUUAAGCUUUAGAGUUGUUGCACUUGAUCCAAACUUCAAGAAGCUCUCAAUGGAGCACAUAGUUUCAGCAUACAAGAGGACAACAACUAGAGCAAUCCUUCUUGACUAUGAUGGUACACUGAUGCCUCAAUCAUCCACAAUUGAUAAGAGUCCAAGCAGUAAAUCCAUUGAAAUCCUUAGUAGUUUGUGUAGAGAUAAGAACAACAUGGUUUUCCUUGUUAGUGCAAGAAGCCGAAAGAUGCUUUCAGAAUGGUUUUCUUCUUGUGAGAAUCUGGGAGUUGCAGCUGAGCACGGUUACUUUCUUAGAAUGAGGCGAGAUGAAGAGUGGGAAACACAUGUUGCAGCAACAGACUGUAGUUGGAAACAGAUUGCAGAACCUGUGAUGAAACUUUAUACUGAAACAACUGAUGGAUCCACCAUUGAAGACAAGGAGACUGCACUUGUUUGGUGCUAUGAGGAUGCAGAUCCAGACUUUGGAUCAUGCCAAGCUAAGGAACUUCUUGAUCACCUUGAGAGUGUGCUUGCAAAUGAACCAGUAACAGUCAAGAGUGGCCAGAAUAAUGUAGAGGUUAAACCACAGGGUGUGAGCAAGGGACUAGUGGCCAAAAGGCUACUCUCUGCCAUGCAGGAAAAUGGAAUGUACCCUGAUUUUGUUCUGUGCAUAGGAGAUGAUAGGUCUGAUGAAGACAUGUUUGAGGUGAUCACCAGCUCGAUGGGCGGGCCGAUCGCCCCACGGGCCGAAGUUUUCGCCUGCACCGUAUGCCGAAAACCCAGUAAGGCUAAGUACUAUCUGGAUGACACAACUGAAAUAGUGAGAUUGCUCCAAGGCUUAGCCUGUGUUUCAGAGCAAGUAGUUUCAUUUUCUUCAGAGCAAAUAGUUUGUUAAGGUGGUGAUAUGGUGAUGGUGAGAGGUAUUAUUAUUAAUGUUAUUACUGUUAUUGUGCUUGCUUUACUUUGUCAAUGAGAAUGUAGGCUCAGUUGUGCUGCUCUUGAAUCUUAAUAUAUAUUAUAUAAAUAUAUACACACACAACUAAUGUUAUUGGUUUCUUUGAUAUUUCCAUGUAAAUUAUCCUAGUUUUUACUGAGAGAAGUUCUGUAUCGGAUUCUGCUCCUUGAAAUGCUUGAUUUCUAUCA